CGGACGGACCGACCGACCGACCGACCGACCGACAGAAAGACACAGACACAUAUUCUUCUAAUCUGUUAAAUGUACAUGUUUUUAAUUGUCUCUCCUCUCUAUUGUUUAAGUGUUGAAAAAACCCAAUACUAUUCCUGCCAGGAUGUUUACAACGGAAAAUGAAGAGGUAGCUAACCAUGGCAGGCUGAAGGGGAUCAUCAUGUGUCGGUCCAAAUGCACCCUCAUCUUCCUCAUCCUCGCACUCUCUGGUCUCAUCUUCCUGCUGCGCAACAUUUUCACUCUGGAGCACCAGAACUGCAGUAACACAGCCUUUUGCCAGAAGCGACCCCUCCCUUCAUACCAAACCCACACCUUCUACAGCCACCUGGGCCUGAAGCCCACCCCCGAUGAAGCCCUGGAGGAUCGCUACCUCCUCAAAGCCAUCGCCUGGCCCAAGCUCCCCGCCCGCCCCGCCCCCGUGCCUCUCCACCAGACCAGCGACCCUGUGCACAGCCUGCUCACCAUCCUGCCCUCGAAGGGCCAGAAGGAGUGGCAUGUUGGGGACCAGCUGGAGGCCCUGGUCCAGAUGCACGACUUCCAGGGCAGUCCCAAGCGCCACGGCGGGGACUUCCUGGUGGCCCGGCUCCACUCCCUGGAGCUGCAGGCUGGGGUGGCGGGUAAGGUAGUGGAUCACCUCAACGGCUCCUACUCGGCACUGUUCCCCCUGCUGUGGGGGGGCUCGGCCCAGGUGCAGAUCACCAUGGUGCACUCCAGCGAGGCUGUGGCCGUGCUGCAGCGGCUCCGCGAGGAGCGGCCCAACCGGGUCUUCUUCAAGAGUCUGUUCCGCUCGGGCGAGCUGUCCGAGACCACCACGUGCAUCCCGUGCCUGCCACUCAACUACCCGCAGCAGCCCCUGUGCAACUACACCAACCUCCACACAGGGGAGCCCUGGUACUGCUUGAAGCCUAAGCUGCUGAGCUGUGACACCAGGGUCAACCACGCCAUGGGGGGCUACGAGAAGCCCCUCUACACCAACCAAGAAGCGCUGCUAUUUCAGAGCCGUCUAAACAUCAAAGUUGUCAUCCAUGCGUCAGGACCUGAUCGUAUCAACGUGCUUCCUCAGAAGAUAGAUGAAACAGAGUUAGAAAGCAGCACCAUCAAAGCAGAGCCGGACAAGUACACCCCUUCUGGCUAUUACUACCAAGGCACUUGGAGGCCCCUCUGUGGAACUUCUGUUCGCCAGUUUAACAACGCUUCGUCCAUCACGCAGUGCCUUACUGGCAAGGUGAUCCAUAUGUACGGAGACUCCACGAUGAGGCAGUGGUUUGAGUACCUCAGCGCAUUCAUACCCGAUUUCAACCUGCACCGUUCAAAGAAAGUUGGCCCCUUGAUGGCGGUAGACUUUAAAAACAACAUCCUGAUGAACUACCGCUGUCACGGUCCACCCAUCAGAAUCCUCCCUGUCAGCACGAGCGAGCUACGCUACGUCGCCAAUGAGCUGGACGGCCUGGCCGGAGGCCCCGACACCGUGGUGGUCUUCAGCAUCUGGGCCCACUUCACAUCCUUCCCUAUUGAGGUCUACACACACCGCAUGCGGCACAUCCGCCAGGCGCUAGUACGGCUCCUGGACCGGGGCCCCGGAACCCUCGUGAUAAUCCGCUCCGCUAACUUUGUGGCCAUGGACCAGACGACGAGCAAGCACAGCAGCGACUGGUUCUCGCUGCAGAUCGACAAGGUUCUCAGGGCCAUGUUCAAGGGCCUGGGUGUUGUGUUUGUGGAUGCCUGGGAGAUGACCUUAGCCCAUCAUAGCCCCCACAACAUUCACCCGCCCCCGCCCAUCAUCAAGAACAUGGUGGAUCUCAUCCUGUCUCAUGUGUGCCCUGACAAGAAGAAGAGCUAAUGGAAAACAAAGAAGGGGGGGGGGAGUAGUUGAUUCAGAUUCAUGUGAUUGAGGAGCAGGUAGGCGUUAAGCACCUUGCUAAAGGAUGCCUACAGGUAGUCUCAGGACUUUGGAGAUCGAACCCAGUAUCUAUCGACACCCUAGCCACUACGGUUUGGCCCCCCAGUUGACAAACCGAAGGAGCUUGAUUUGGUAUAUUUUUGUAACCUCAGGUUGUUUGUUCACAAUUUAAAUUGUAAGAUCUUCCCUUCAGUUAAAUUGUCUGACUAUAUUUGAAAUUCAAUUUCUAAUCCUGAAGAUGUAUGUUGCCCAAAGCAACCAUGUUAAUGAGAAGUAAAAUGUAUCAGUGAUCAGUGAUGACUGAUCACGCUUACGCGUUUUCCUGACAGCGACUGUUCAUGUGCACUGCGUUCGGAAUCUAAAAGUUUUUCACAGCAGGAUUUCUUUAUUCGAUAAAAACAAGUCGGAACUAAACAGAACUUAGUAGGAUCAGUUUCAAGUUCGAACGCCUUUAUUUCCUUGUAGCCUAUCACCUACUAACCUUUUGCUUUUGUUUAUGAGAAUAACAUUGUAUUGCCACUGUAUGGAAGGCUUAUCUAGAGCUGGUUUACCAGUACACGUUUAAAACGUUUAAAACUGAGCAAAGUCGAUGCCAACAGACGGUAACAACGUCAAUCAAUGGUAAAGUAUGUGAUAUGAUGGUUGAUUCUUUUAUAUUGAGUAAAUCUUUCAUGUUCAGCUAUGUUCAUGUGCGUCACUAGUAAACCAAACGUCGCCAACUGGGCAACUCUAUUAUCAAAAUCUGGCCCCAAUUCCGAACGGAAGUAGAAUCAUAAGAGCGUCAUGAGGUGUCGUUCACGAGAACUUUGCGGCGUCACGAAAAUCGCGACUGAUACUAUAUCUUUUUUUUUUAUGAUAAAUAUACUGUUUCUGUCUGCUGAUCCGUCUGGCCUCGAGCCUGUUAACAGCCUCUUCCAACUUGUAACAAAUGAUAGGAGCAGUCAGAACUAGGGGAGAAGUUAGGGGGAGUUUCAGUUCACAGCGAAAAAGGGACACCACAUUCUUCUGAAUUGAAUAAACAAUGGCAAGGUAUGCAAUCUUUUACAUAUUCACACACAUCUGCACGUAAGGUUUUUGAGUAUCAUCUAUAUUUACUCUCCCUGCAACCGGAAUGGAAGGAGUGAAGAGAGCAAUAGCGUCACUUUGUUUGUGAGUCUGAUCUGCUUCAGUUUGUAGACGAUGUAAGGCUGCACCCAUGUUCAAACCUCCAUUACCAACACAUCCGAGGCCCAACUGAAAGUCAUUGUGAAAAGAAAAAAUAUAUCAUGAUAUGACCAUAACAUUUAUUUAAUUAUUUUAAAGGCAGACCAAAAUACUGAUAAUACAGCAACGGCACACAGCUCAGUACCACUGGGAAGUUUUGGGAUAUUCCUUCUAAUUAGCUUUGUGUUUUGCAAUACAGUGCACAUCUUAAUGAAUCUUCCAGGAAGGAUUCAAUAGAUUCCUCCGAUAACUUGUUCACCUGUGACAAUCCUGGGGCUGACAGACAAACCUGUUUUCUUAUACUAAUAUGAACUGUAUGUCUAUAAUGUUUCCUUUCUUAUUUUGUAAAUUGCUAUGUGUAUAAAAAUAAAUAAAUAUAUAUUAUAUA